UGGGUAAAUGAAAUAUGAACCUAUUCAUGUUGUCAUCAGGGUACUCAAUGUUAAAUAUUAUUAUUAUUAUUAAAUCGAAGGUUAUACCAAUACGAGUAUGCUUAAGUAUGUCGAACCUGAAACUUUUUUUCAGUACACAGUAUUGGUACUAUCCACAUAUUCCCUAAAUAAAUACCAAAAAUUCAAAAUAAAGAAAAACUCAAAUUACAAAUGCCAAGAAAUAAGAUAGACAAUACCAACAAAUGCAGUCAAAGCCACAUUUUGAACUGAGUUGACAGGAAAUACAGGCAUUUAUAAAUGUUUAACCAUAUGAUCGAUAAUUAGACCUAUGAUUAGAAAUCUUAUCUAUGGAAUUGUAUUUUCAACACAAACGUACACAAGAACCAAAGCGAGACCCUUGAUAGACACUUCAGAUUAAAGCCUUUCCUUAAUAUAAUGUAGACUUGAAAUUAUCAACAUAUUUUUUUGCAUGGGUCUCUCAGGCAGGAUGCUGGACAUGCUGGAGAGGCUGCAGACCAUCAGUGAGGGGCAGGAGGACGACGAGUCAGACUGCUACGAACCUGAGUAUGAUGUAGACAAGGUGACUCUGUCUCAAGAGGCAGUGGUGUUUGAGAACUCCUCUGACAUUGACAACAUCCUGGGGGAGGCCUACUCAAUAAGAAAGGAUAUCUCCCUGCUCCAAUCGGAGAUACAGCGUCUGAGCACCCACAAUGAACGCUUUGGCACCACUGUGCGGUGUCUCACCUUGCUCAAAAAGGACUCUGACUCCAUCGCUAGGGGGAUCCAGCAACAUGGGGAGGGCCUGUAUGUCUGCCUUCAGGCUCUAGAUGAGAAGAGCAGACGGCUGGAGGAGAAAAAGGGUCCAAAUGCUGCUGUGAGCCGCAUUUCCCGAGCUCAGUAUGACACACUGACCCGUGCCUUCCAUGAUGCCAUGAGUGAUUACAAUAAGGCGGAAGAGAUGCAGAGGUACACAUGUCGGGGGAGGAUUCAGAGGCAGGCCUCUAUAAUGGGGACUGAAAUCACUGAUGACCAGCUGGAUUUGAUGGUGGACAAAGGUGGUGAGGGAUGGGCUGAGCUGUCCCAGAGCCUGGAGAUCCAAAGUGCACGCUCGUCCCGCUCGGCGAUGUCUGACAUCAAAGGCCGACACAAGGAGCUGGUGGAGCUGGAGGUCCGGCUGAAGGAGGUCCAUUCACUGUUCCUGCAAAUGGCCAUGCUGGUGGAGGAGCAGGGAUCCAUGGUUAAUAACAUUGAGGCAAAUGUGUGUUGCACUCAGGAAUACGUUAACAAAAUCAACGUUAACAUGAAGACGGCCCUAAAGUAUAAGAAGAAGAAUCCUUUUCAGCAAUGUUGUCCCUGUCUACCUUGUUGGGGACACAACCAAACUCUUUAG